GUGCUCAUGUGUUGACAACGAGAAGCCGCAUGUGUUUAGACGUCAAUAUUUGGGCUUCUUAAAAGGAAGGAUUCCCCGUGUCCAGAAACCCGUCUGUCAGGAGGAUGACUGCCCAAGAGGUGCGUCUGUGUGGUCUUCUGCUUCAGGAGCACUUUGGAGAGGUGGUGGAGAAAGUGGGAACACACCUGCUCAGAUGUGGAGCGCAGAAUUUAAGAGCCAUCAUCCAUGAGACAGGCAUCUCACUGGACCUGGUAAAGAAGUCCCUGUGUGUGCUCAUGCAGCAUGGGGUAUGCAUGUUCAGCACAGCCCGUAAAGGACCUGGGAGUCCCCCAGAGUAUCGGACCAGCUGUAAUCACAUUCUGAGAAUUCUUCGAUUCCCACGUUACAUCUACACUGCCAAAACCCUGUACGGGGACACAGGAGAGCUCAUUGUAGAGGAGUUACUACAGAGAGGGAACAUGACCAUGAGCAGCACGGUGAAGACAGUAGCUGACCGUCUCACACAGAACAUGGAGGAGGGCCGGAGCAUGGAUUACAGUGAAGUAUCCACUGCUUUUUCCAAACUUGUUGAGACGCAUUUUCUUCAGCGCUGCCCUCCAGCAGCAGGACCAAGAACAAAAGACAGUUCCACAACAGCUACCCCCGAUGCUCCUGUAAGCACAGCCCCACCCACAGCUGAGAGCUUCCCUGACUGCUACAAGGUGCCUCAUGUGACACUGAUAGGGCGAGGCAAACGCCAACUCUCAGGCGAGGAUGGAGAGGACCAAAGGAAUGCUAAAAAGGCUAAAAUGGAAAUAGAGACGCAUGGUGAUGAGGGGAUUUACUGGCAGGUGAAUUUUCAGAGGUUCCAUCUCCACUUCAGAGAUCAGGCCAUCAUCAGCGCUGUCGCCAACAAACUGGACCAGACCAGCAGUGAGAUAGUGAGGACGAUGCUGAGGAUGAGUGAGGUUACGACUGCACCCAUGGCCUCCUGCACAAAGCCCCUCUCAGCCAAUGAGAUCUUCAGGUCCCUCCCCAACAGUUACAACAUCCCAAGACCCAUCUUAGACCAGUACCUCACCCUUCUGGUUGAUGACCCGAUGGAGUUUGUGGGAAAAGCUGGAGAAAGUGGAGGAGGGAUGUAUGUUGUCAAUCUGCACAGAGCCCUGGCUAAUCUGGCACGAGCCACACUCGAGUCCGUCGUGCAGGAGAGAUUUGGCUCCAGAUCUGCGCGUAUCUUCCGCCUGUUGCUAAGGAAACGCCACCUGGAACAGAAACAGGUGGAGGAUUUUGCAAUGAUUCCAGCAAAAGAGGCUAAAGACAUGCUCUACACACUGCUCUCACAGAACCUGGUGCAGCUACAGGAAAUCCCAAAGACUCCCGACUACGCUCCCUCUCGUACCUUUUAUCUUUACACAGUCAACCAACUCCCAACAGCAAGAAUGCUGCUUCAGAACUGCUACAAGACAGUUGCCAACCUCAUAGAGCGACGUCUGUUUGAGACCAAAGACAGCAAGCGUCUGCUAGAGAAAUCUCAGAGAAUCGAGGCCAUCCUGGCAUCUCUGCAGGCCAGCGGGGCCGAGCCUGAGCAGCUGACAGAGGUAGAGGAGAUGAUCACCGCACCUGAGAAGCAACAGCUGGAAGGCCUACGGCUUCACAUCAACAAGUUGGAUUCGGCAGAGAACCAGGUGGAUGAAACCAUCUUUCUUCUGGAGUCGUACAUCGAAUCCACUGCCACAGCAGCAAGCUGAUGCUGUUUUUUGUUCCUUUUUGUAUGAAUGAUGCUAGUUUGGCUGUUUUAUGGUUCUAUGGCUGAAUUGUUUCAGUUGUGAAUAAAAUAAAAAUUCAAAUAGAUUGUUUAUUUCUGCUUUUUACUGCAUAUGUCAGCAAAUAAAUAAA